AUGAAGGUCGCGCAGCAGCCUGGUUUCAGGUGGCCGUGGGCGUCAAUUUUGGGGAAAACAAGCAUUUCAAGCAGUAUGCACGGGUGUGCUGGUCGACGACCUGACAACGAUGCCUUUCUGGCUGCAUGUCUAAGCGAUCUUUCGGCGCCACAUCGGCUGCGCCGCCUGCGUCCUCGCCAACUUGCGACCCUUCUCCGCUCGCUUGUCCAUUUGGGCGCUCAUCCUGGGGAGGACUGGCUGACAGAUCUCGACAUGUGCUGCUACUGCCACCCGGGACCCUUCGAUCCGGCGUCGGCUACAGCUGUACUUGCGGCGCUUGCGGCCCUAAGCACCGCCAACAACGCCGCCACCCACACCACCAUUUCGCCUUCUACUGAUGCCGAUAAUUCAAACGCAACCCUGAGUGCCAGGUCCUCCAGGGAGCGGCCAUCUGAUGCCGAUGAUGACGGCGCCGAGGAUGCUUGCGCGGCGUAUUGGGGUGAAUCUCGGUAUCCCGCAGACCUUCAAAUGCACCAGCGCAGCGGCCACAGCAAAUCGCAGUUGCAGCUGCGCAGCGGCGCUCACCAUUACAUGGCUACUGCUGCUGCAACAGCCAGCACGAGCCCCAACCGUCGCCUGAGCUCCUCACCGCGCACAUCGUCAUCGUUUUGGACCUCCACGUCGAAAUUCUCCGCCGACACGGCCGCAGCGCGGUCAUCCGCUGCUGCUGCCGCUCCUGCUGGCGGCGGCGAUGAAUCGGGCCCGCAACUUCGCUUCCCGCAGGCUGUCUAUCUUCGGCUAAUCCAGGGAGGGGUCUACAACUACACGUACGAGCAACUGGGCACGCUGCUGCAGUCCUUUCGGUCCCUGGGUGUGGCGAUCAGCGACGAGGAGGCUCUGAUGGUGGGCAGCCGAAUGGCGGCGCUGCUGUUGGAGAUGGGGCCGGAGCAGCGGCAGAGGGCGCUGGCGGCGGUGCUGGGGGCGGCGUGA